GGCGCCACAAUCACACAAACUAUGACGGGAGGUUUGGGUGGAGGACAGUCAGAGCCUGCCAGGCCUGACAUCACUCAGGUAAGCCCAGGUUUAGCCAGCCACAGGACUGGAACAGUUUCAAGGAAGAUUAGGGUGUCUGAGACACGGAGCCGUACCAGCAGGUGGGGCCUCAGCAGCAGCAGCAGCAGCAGCAGCAGCAGCAGCAGGCCUGCGCCUGUGAGCUCGCAGAGUUUGUGGCCUGUGCCCUGGGCGACCUCAAACUCUGCGAGGGAUCCAGAGAGGCGCUCAAAAGGUGCAUGUCUGCUAAUGCCGGGCUCCACCAUCCCCACCCUCUACGGCCCGGGCUCCACCAUCCCCACCCUCUACGGCCCGGGCUCCACCAUCCCCACCCUCUACGGCCCGGGCUCCACCAUGCCCACCACCUACGGCCCGGGCUCCACCAUCCCCACCACCUACGGCCCGGGCUCCACCAUCCCCACCACCUACGGCCCGGGCUCCACCAUCCCCACCACCUACGGCCCGGGCUCCACCAUCCCCACCACCUACGGCCCGGGCUCCACCAUCCCCACCACCUACGCCCGGGCUCCACCAUCCCCACCAGCUACGGCCCGGGCUCCACCAUCCCCACCACCUCGCGCCCGGCUCCACCAUCCCCACCAGCUACGGCCCGGGCUCCACCAUCCCCACCACCUACGGCCCGGCUCCGUCCGCUGUCGGCACACCAUCUGGGCAAUGUAUGUUUGCCCAGAUGGCGCUCUACAGCCACUGGGGUGGCAGUAG